CCCUCUGCAUCUGUGGCAGAAGCAAAAGACAGACACAACACACUGAACACCUUCAUUCUUGGACUUAACGUUGGAAUUAACUCAAGCUCUUUGAGAUCUCAUGGAGAACUUGUAUUUUUAAUUACAACAUCUAAAAACUGCUCAUUCAGAUCUUUUGGUCCGUCUCAUUUUCUUCCGGAGGACAUCUUUUGAGAAGCCUAAAUAAUGCAGGCUAUCAGAGACCUCAAGCACAAUUUCAGUCUCCCUCCUCCACCUUCCAUGACUGGAGCCGGAGAUUCCUAUCACCAGGGCAACAUUCGAAUGACUCUGGAGGAUCCAGAGCUGUGGAGAUCCUUCCAUGAGAUCGGCACUGAGAUGAUCAUCACCAAACCUGGCAGGAGGAUGUUUCCACACUGCAAAAUCAACUUGUCUGGAUUGGUGCCAUAUGCGAAGUACAUCUUACUGGUUGACAUGGUGCCAGAAGAUGGUCUCCGAUAUAAGUGGAACAAGGACAAAUGGGAGGUUGCUGGUAAGUCUGAGCCUCAGCUGCCUUACAGGACCUACCUUCACCCAGAUUCACCAGCUCCCGGCAGCCACUGGAUGAAACAGCCUGUGUCCUUCCUAAAGCUUAAGCUUACCAACAAUGCCCUGGACCAGCAUGGACAUAUUAUUCUUCACUCCAUGCACCGCUACCAUCCGCGUUUCCAUAUCGUCCAGGCUGAUGAUCUGUACAGUGUACGGUGGAGCGUCUUCCAAACCUUUACCUUCCCCGAGACAUCCUUCACUGCUGUCACUGCAUACCAGAACACAAAGAUUACAAAGUUGAAAAUCGACCACAACCCCUUUGCCAAAGGAUUCAGAGACGAAGGCACAAACUCUAAAAGACGAGCAAAUAGAAGUCUGGCUGAUCCUGAAAGAGUUGCAAAAAAGAUGAACUUUUCAAAAGAAUCAAAACAUGGAAGCCCACGAGAUAUCCAGCAGUCCUCAUGUGAGGGUCUUGAGGAUGAACACGUGGGUCAUAAGGAGUCGGAGGUGAAGGCCGAGCACUACUCUCCAUGGAGAAGUGCGUCUGACCGGGACAGCGGUCACGCUCUCCGUGCAGAGUCACCUCUGAGCUCAGACCCUCGGGACAUUUACAGCUCUGAGCAGCUCGUACCAGGACAAAACGCAUACCAGCCUUACAGAUUUCAUGAAUAUGGCAAGUCGCCCUCGCCGUCCUCUUCCAGUGUUGGCAGCAGCAGUGGAUGCGGAAGCCGCUCCAGCCUUGAGUCCCGAGUGCCGGAUGUUGCCACAGUGCCCGAACAAGACACCUCCAGCAAGCCCUCCGCCCCUGAGUUCGCCCUGCCUCCCUGCCCUCCACAUCCCUCCGCGGGGCACCAGGACUAUGCAGGGGUGCUAAACAUGGCCAUAGCCCAGGCCAAGCCAGGUAUGCUGGGCCACCAUCCUCUCUACACGCCCUACAGCACAGAACAGUCUCUGGGACAGUGGAGCGGGGCAGCAUCCACUCAAUACCCUCCUCCUCCCCCUCCCCAUCACCACCUACCCACCGAAUACAGCACCCAGGCCGUCCAUCACGGCUAUCACCACGGAAAUGUAGGGGACUGGAGCCAAUACCCACUGUUCUCUUACUCGUGCUGGUGAGCGGGAGAUGGCACGCUUUCUAAAGUCUUGCACGUUGAGGUCUGGAUCUUCAGAUGAUGGGGAGCCUGCGAGCGCCAGAUAAACACUGAGCGAAAGUGUAGCGAGGAAGUGGCACUAACUAGAAUGUUGUUCAGGAGUUAACUUGAAUGCAAAUAGAAAAUAAAGAAUCUGCUUCAGUUUAACUGAAAAAAAGUCUGUGCUUGUCAAUUGUGCUGCAUUAAACACAUUUGGAAAUAGACUUUUGAUACCUUUUGACCUGAAAACUACAGAGGACCAAGAACAGACUGGUUUUCUCGGCUUUGUUGUUAAAAUGUCUAUUUAUUCUGUGUUUGCGUUUGCUGCUACUUAAUAUUAUUUUUGUUUAAAAAAGAGAGUCAUGUAAAAUGCUGUUUGGAAAUGACAAUGUUGUAUGUCUGAAAUUCAGAAUGAUCAGUAAAUAUCUUCAAAGA